AUAAUUACUCCUAUCAACAGGAAAUAUAUUGUUAACGAAAUAUUAGUAUUAAUUUUAAUAAUAAAUAAUAAUAAUUAAAUAUAAAUUUUACCUUGUAUAGAAAGUUUAACUUGAAUAACUAAUAAUUUAUUUAUAAAAACUAUAAAUAAUAAGAAAAUAAAACGAGGCCUUGUAGUCCGAACAGUAAUUAGCGACUCAGUGAAUUUUGCUGGUUUAAACUUUGUUUAAUAAAUAAUAAAAUAUAAAUCCAGACAAUGGGUAUGCAAAACAAGAUGUCUGAUAGCAAUUCCGAAAUGAGGGCUACUGCUGCAAGAAUCUGUCGUGAUUAUCUUCAUGGUGUGUGGAAGCAUGUCAAUGCUGAUAACAUAGUAUUCAAGCACAUAAGCGGCGGACUGAGUAACUGGGUGUACAAUGUGCAAUUACCAGAAGGUACGACACCUCUGCGUGGAGAACCACGCCAAGUAUUACUCCGAAUUUAUGGACAAACCCACGGUGAACGUGCGAUGGAAAGUAUUAUUACUGAGUCUGUGAUUUUUACGUUGCUGUCUGAACGUAAACUUGGCCCGAAACUUCAUGGAGUCUUCCCGGGAGGCAGAAUUGAAGAGUACAUACCAGCACGUCCGUUGCUGACCAAAGAACUUGCUGAUCCUGAACUAAGUGCGAUGACUGCUGAAAAAAUGGCACUUUUACACAUGAUGCAAGUACCUAUUAACAAAGAACCUACCUGGUUAUGGGACACCAUGGCCAAGUGGCGCACUUCUGCUGAAGAAGUGUUGAAAAAUGUUGAAGAAGUUGAUACGCACUUGAUGAAACAUAUUGAGUACGUUAAGUCUAUUAAUUUCAGCGCAGAGAUCGCUUGGUUUAGAUCUUUAGUGUCACAACAAAAAUAUCCAAUAGUCUUUUGUCACAAUGACAUGCAAGAGGGUAAUAUAUUACUACGUCAAAAUACUCGUAAACGUGAAUUGGUAAUAAUUGAUUUUGAGUAUUGUUCGUACAAUUACCGAGGAUUUGACCUGGCUAAUCACUUCGUUGAGUGGCAGUAUGAUUACACAGCUGAGGAGUACCCGUUUUUCCAUGAGAGAAAAGGAGCUGGACCAACAGAUGAACAAAAGCUCCACUUUAUACGAAGUUACUUGAAGUCAACUGGCAAAGAAGGAACUACUGAAGAAAACCGUUUGAUGGAAGAAGUUAAAGUAUUUACACUUGCUUCUCAUCUGUUUUGGGGAUUAUGGAGUGUUGUUAAUGCUGGGCAUUCAAGUAUUCCAUUUGGUUAUUGGGAUUAUGCAGUAUGCAGAUGGACAAGUUACCAGCACUUGAAAGAAAAAAUAAAUGCUUCAAUAAACAAUGAAAGUCAACUACAAUGCGGAAUUAAAAGAAAAGAGGAUCACACGGACUGAAGAAAUAUAAAAUAUACGCGCAAAAAUGUCUAGGCUCUUAAUAUUCUUCUUAAGAGCCAAGAUCAAUUCGAUUGCUUGAAAGAUCAUGCGAUAAUCAGCAAUCGUUUUAAACAAGAUAAAACGAAUGACAUCUUUACUGAGCAUAGACCAUCGUUUUAAUUAUAAAAAUAAUAUAAAAACGAUGAUUUAAGUAUAUAACAUCAUAAUAAAGAGCUUAAGAAUGAGUAAAUAGAAAACAUCUACAUUUACAACGAGUUGGUUGAUAGCCUACGUCGUUAACGGAUAAAGAAGAAUUAUUUAUUAAUAAUAAUUAUUAUUAUUAUUCUUCUUACGUUUCCUGUUAUUUUUAAACCAACAAUGGAAUUUCAACCAAGUAUAAACAACGGAAUUUGAAUUAAGUAUACGAGUCGAUGACUUAUACCGAAAAAAAUGUUCUUUGUUAUGAUAUGGAUAAUAUUAAGUACGACUGAAUGACAAAUUAUUGUACUUAAUAAUGGCCGAGUGAUUAGUAUUUAAAAAGUUAUUUUUUUUUAAUA